AAAAUGGAGACUUCAGACCGAAACAAAUGUACAGAAAAACUACAAUAUGUGGUACGCCUUCGGUCUAAUGGGCCGUCUUGACUUUUCAUACGGCAGGUGAAAUAAAAGCACAGAUAUGCAUGUGUCAGUAGUCUGAGCAAGGACAGGUUCCCAAUGGGUGACAGCAGGUGCUGUAACGGUGUCCAGCAGAAAGGAAAGAUGUCUGAUGCUCAGCUCUUUGAUGGGGAGUUUGAUAAGCUGGUGUCUGAACUUACUGAACAGGAUUUCACUGAUCCAGUUCUCACUGAUGCCCUCAACAGACUCAGAGAGGUGCUUCAGUACAAUGCCCCUGGAGGCAAGAGAAACCGAGGCUUGUCUGUGAUUGGUUCUUUACGGGAGUUGGUCUCUCCCUCUGAACUGCCACCUGAUGAAGUUCACAGAGCCCUUUUGGUUGGAUGGUGCAUUGAACUGCUUCAGGCAUUUUUCUUGGUGGCUGAUGACAUCAUGGAUGCAUCCAUGACAAGAAGGGGUCAACCCUGUUGGUAUAAGAAGGAAGGUAUUGGUCUGGAUGCCAUUAAUGACGCUUUUCUCCUGGAGGGGGCGAUCUACCGCCUUCUUCGCAGACAUUGCAGAGGACAGCCCUACUAUGUCCAUCUGCUUGAGCUUUUUACUGAGACCUCUUUCCAGACAGAGUUGGGUCAAGCUUUAGAUCUGAUGACUGCACCUCCGCACAAAAUCGACCUUGAUCGCUUUACUAUGGAGAGGUAUAGAGCCAUUGUGAAAUACAAGACCGCAUUCUACUCGUUUUAUCUCCCUGUGGCUGCAGCCAUGUACAUGGCAGGGAUUGAGAAUGAGACUGAACACAACAAUGCCAAAACAAUUUUACUUGAGAUGGGAGAGUUCUUUCAGAUACAGGAUGACUACCUGGAUUGCUAUGGUGAUCCUGCAGUGACUGGAAAGAUCGGCACAGAUAUACAGGACAACAAAUGCAGCUGGCUGGUGGUGACCGCACUGGGCAUCAUGACACCUCAACAAAGGGCAGAACUAGAGGCAUGUUAUGGGCGUAGUGAUGCUGAAAGUGUUGAAAGGGUCAAGGCUUUGUAUGAUACUCUGGAAAUGCCUGUCCGAUACUAUCAACAUGAGGAGGAGAGCUAUCACCGCCUUCAAAAACUCAUCCAGCUUCAUGCCAAGAAUCUGCCUCAUGCUGUUUUUCUUAACUUUGCCAAGAAAAUAUAUAAGAGAAACAAAUGAGGUGUGGUUCAGAGAAUUGGAGGGACUUGACAAAUGGAGUCGAGUAUUUUUAGGCACACUGGCUUGGGUCAAAUAAAUAUGCAGUGAGGGAUUUUAGUAUUUUGAGUAAAUAUGAAAAUGGUAAAUUUUAACUGCACUUUAAAUAUAUUGUCAGGAAUUUAGAUACAUAAAAAAAAUCGUUAUGUGUCAUCAUUAUUUGUUUUUCCCCUUGUAUUACAGCAAAAAUGCAAUCGGCUGAUUCAGAGGUCAGGAAUUGUACAGCAAAUAGUACACAUAGACAACAUACAACAUCUGUCAGUGUUUAAUUUUGAGGAACAUAUGUAUAAACCAUAUAUUUUCAACAUCUGUGGACGAACUAGGAAGAGUAAAGAAGGAAGGGAAAAUAUGUAUAGACAAAAAUAAGUAAAUAAUUAUAAAAGAAAAAAUAUUCUUAGUAUGAAAAUCAACAAACUGCUGAUCUCAGUGUCCCAGUGGAUAGAUGCACAUAUUCAUUUGAAACAUUUAACUUGAUAUUUAAUAAGUUAAAGGAUUAGUUUACUUUAAAAUGAAAAUUACCCCAAGCUUUAUUCACCCUCAAGCCAUCCUAGGUGUAUAUGACUCUCUUUUACCUGAUGAACACAAUUGGAGAUAUAUUAAUAAAUAUCUUGACGCAUCCGAGCUUUACAAUGGUAAUUAGCGGGUAUCAACAAGUAUGAGCUGAAGAAAGUGCUUCCUUCCACAUCCAUCCAUCAUAAAUAUGUGCUCCACAUGGCUCCGGGGGGUUAGUAAAGGCCUUCUGAAGCGAAGUGAUGCGUUUGUGUAAAAAAUAUCCAUAUUUAACAAGUUAUGAAGUAAAAUAUCUAGCUUCCACCAGACCGCCUUCCGUUUUCAAAUUACGAAAAAGAAAAGUUUUACACUCUCUUCGUUGAUUAUGGAAGGCGGUCUGGGAAAGCUAGGUAUUUUACUUCAUAACUAGUUAAAUAUGGAUUUUUUUUUUUUUUUUUACACAAACACAUCGCUUCAUUUCAGAAGGCCUUUAUUAACCCCUCGGAGCCGUGUGGAGUAUGUUCAUGAUGGAUGGAUGUGGAUGGAGACACUAUCUUCAGCUUCGUACUCAUUAAUUACUGCAAUUAUAAAGCUUGGAUGUGUCAGGAUAUUUAUUAAUAUUUCUCCGAUUGUGUUCAUCAGAAAAAAAGUAAGUCAUAUACACCUAAGAUGGUUUGAGGAUGAUUAAAGCUUGGGGUAAUUUUCAUAUGAAUGUAAACUAAUCCUUUAAAUAAACAAAGAAAUAUCCUUGAGAAAACAUAUCUUCCCACACAGAACACAAUGCUACUUAAGGGCAGUUUCAUUCAGAAACCUAGCCUUUUUGUUUGUUUGUUUGUUUUGUUUUAGUGAAACCUGUGACAUUAACGGUUGUACUGCACAUUUAUAGACUACCAGAAUGUCUGUCUCAAGUGUUUGGUCAGUGAUCAUCAAUCCCCAUUAUUACUGUAUAUUUGAAUUACAGAAAGACAGCAAUGUGCUUUUAAUAAACAAAUCUGAUCAACA